AAUAGCGACCAAUCAUCAAGCCAUUUACCAGGCUUCAGAGGAAGCUGUUUAUGUGAUCCUCGGCACUAAUUAGGCUCAUGAACUAACAAAUCGUUUGCACCACUUUGGGCAAAGGGACCCGAUCGCAAGCUCGCUCGCUCUCUCGCUCGCGCUCUCGCCUCGUUCUCGCUGGAUUGCCGCUGGACCUCGCCGGGGCCGCCUUGGGCGCUGCACAAAAAAGGACAAGACGGAGGUGCGGGAGGGAAGGGAGGAGGAGGCGGAGGAGGAGAAGGGGGCAAAAAGAAGAAAGGCAGAACUUCGCCCAGCAACUUUUUCUCUUCCCCACUUCGCUUUCCCGUCGGGCGGAUGAAGUGAGCGCAGAGCUUUGCAGGGCGCUCGCCUCUCCAUGUGGCCGCACGGCUCUCUUGCUGCUGCCGCUGCCACCGCGGGCGGCUGCCCGGCUGCCAGACUCUGGAUCUAGGCGGGCCCGGAGCCCCGAUCGUCUCUGCCGGACCUCGACGCCUCCGAGGAGGAGCCGCGGGCGCAGCGGAGGGCGCGCCCGCCGCCCGGAGGCCCCGGUGCCGGGCGCUUGGCCGCCAGGAUGUUUCAACCGGCGCCGAAGCGCUGCUUCACCAUCGAGUCUCUGGUGGCCAAAGACAGCCCUGCGUUGCCCGCCUCCCGCGCCGAGGAUCCCAUCCGGCCGGCGGCGCUGAGCUAUGCCAACGCAAGCCCCAUGAACCCUUUCCUCAACGGCUUCCACUCGGGCGGCCGCGGCGUCUACUCCAACCCGGACUUGGUCUUCGCAGAGGCCGUCUCGCACCCGCCCAAUCCGGCCGCCGUCCCGGUGCACCCGGUGCCUCCGCCUCACGCCCUGGCCGCGCAUCCGCUGCCGGCCUCGCACUCCCCGCACCCGCUCUUUGCGUCGCAGCAAAGGGACCCCUCUACUUUCUACCCCUGGCUAAUACACCGAUAUAGAUAUCUGGGCCAUCGGUUCCAAGGUAAGGGCCGGACGGAGGGGGUUGCCUCCCUCUCCACCCCACCCCCCUCAGCUGCUGGAUUUCCUAUUGCACAUAUUGGAGGGAGGGGAAGGGGCCGGGAAGACCCGGAAAAGUGCAGAAAUCUCUCCGACCAAGGCAGAGAAAACGGGAAAGGAAACGUCUCUUUUUCCAAAGGCCGUUUGUCUAGGCGACGCAACGAAAAGAGAGUUGAGGAUGGGCGUGGAGGGGUGUCUGUGUGGGGCUGGGGGAGGGGGCAGAAAUUCUGAACCUCUCUUAGUUCCGUUGCAAAGGCGACUAUUUGCAGAGGAAGCGAAUUCGAGUUUGUGCUCCUUUUUAGAAUGUUGUUAACUUGAGCGAUUGUCGCUGCAGAAUAGGAAGGGUUGGGAUCAAGGGGAAGACAGUGUAACCCUCCCUCAGUUUGGUCUAAUGGAUUCCCUCCGCAGUCUCCCUGAUCCCCUUCAGGAGGAUCGUUAUGGAACGAGGGGCUUCAGGAAUCAGUCGGUCUCAGCAGCCCUUUCCUUGAAACUUUUUUUAAAAACCAGAUCUUCCCUAAAGAGUGAGUUCAAGAGGACAACCCCCCUCCAGUGAAUUAGCAACCGAAGGUCUUGCGAGAAAAAUAAGAGCUGAAAGGCAGGUAGAGAGACAGUGGGGGCAAAGGGGGUUGAUAAUACUAAAGGCAGGAGUGGGCGGGGCAGAAACGAUUCUUUCUAUGACUUUAAAAUGAUUUAAAGAAAAACCUCGCAGGUAAAUUUAUCCUUUUAACCUCCCAACCAAAGUCAAUUUCAGCAGAGAAAUGUGGAGUCAAGUCAAAGAGCUUUCUUUGAGAGGUUCCCAAGAUAGCCCAAAACAAGGCUAAAUUGCAGAGUUAAUGAUGGUUUAAUUUUUUUAAAAGAAAAACGGGCUCCCCUUUUAUUUCUUGGGAACAAAACCGAUAGCCGUUCCAAGGCACUUCCGCAGCUGCCAUCUCAUUCACGCUCCAGUGAAACUUUACUGGGGAAGAACGCUCAGUUUGAAGUCAAUGACUCCUAAAUUCUCAGUGAUUUUUGUUUUAAAAGGGAUCGCGCUGGAAUAUUUCCCCAAUAUUUUUUUUUGCAUCUCCCAUAAGACCACCCCGACCAUCUUCCAGAAAAAAAGAAUAACGAAAACAAGGAAAGAGUUGGAAAAGGAUUUCGUACAGAAACAACUUUCUUCCUUUCACUUUUCCAUGGUUUACACGCGCAAACUAACAAGAGAGAGAGCACAAACGGGCAGGGCUAGAAUAUUGCUUUCGUGUGCCCCCCCCCCCCAAUUCAGCAGAGAGAAAGAAAGAGAGAGAGCACAAGCCGUUUGUCUUCGGGAAGCCAAACGUUAUAAAAACGAGUUUGAAGGGUGAUAAGGAAGUGUGGCCCUCACUCAGUCAAAGGAGACCCUCCUACCUGCCUUUAACUGUGGGGUAUUUGUCCUGCUAAGACCUGGAGCUUCUGGAGACCCAGAAACCGCGUUUGUUUGUAUCCCACUAGUCUUAUUAACUUCCUUGCUAAGUUCCCCCCCAAAUCAAUUAAUUUUACAAAGUGCAAUAAGGAGUAACCAAAGGGGUUGGGAAUCCAUGCAAACACCUCUUUUGAAAUGGAAUGGUUUCCAAGAUAGGGGACGGAGAGGGGGGAGGGAAGGGAAGGGAGGGAGAGAGUCGAUUAGGGCUAUUAGUAUUAUCGUUAUAACCUCUCGGUGGGAAAUGAGGGGUUUCGUUCACCCAGUCAUUUCCCCCGCUGUCGUGAGCAGCUUUCUGAAGGAGGCUCCAUCGCAAAGGAGGGAUUUGCCUGCCUUGUUAUUGUGGCCCCGCGUCGGAUGAAACGACCGAGGCGCAAAAAUAGGUAGAGCGAUUGUGGGGAUGGCGGGUGUAUCUGCAAAAAGCCUGGCGAGGAAACUAUUCUAGCAAUUGACAGAUGACAAACGCGGCGGCUCUGUGGGCACUGGAAAGGGAGCCCCCGCCCUCCUCUUCUCCCAUUUUCAGCCCCCAUCCCCAUUUAAAAGGAUGAGUCUGGUUCUUUUUGCUUUGUCAGAUGUUCGCCAAAGUAGCUCUUCCUGCUGGAAGUUUUCAAGGCGGUCGAGAGUGGCGACUUUAUACCUGGUGCAGGUCUUCGAAAAGAUGGUUCUUGUGCGGAUUUUUAUUUUAUUUUUAAGUAACUACCUGCAUGCAAAAGGCGGUGUCAGAAUAGGAUGGUAGGAAACUCCUUGAAGGAAGAGAGGGGGGUGCCAUUUUUCGAAAUUGGGGUUUCCUAGAAGAUGGUUGCGAAUUCUGCUCGUUAGCUCGCUGAAUGUUGGCGAGAUUAAUUUCCUUGUGAAAUAAUUAGUUUCUUGUAUUGAGGGGGCUCUUUCCCCCUUAAUCGGAAGUCAGCUGUCCCCCUCCCCCUUGCACACCUAACCUCUCCCCCCACGCGUUCCUUCAAAUACCCAGAGUUUUUGUUUUUUUUAAAGAUAUAUGAAGCAGACCAACUGGCGUUUCCUCUCCGUCGCUUUCUUCCCUGGGAGACAUUCUCUGAGUGAAUGUUAGUUUCGUUCUGAUCUUGCAGGGUCUGCACCUUUUGUCUCUCUCCCUCUCUCCUUCCCUCCCCCCCCCCCCAAAAAAAGUCAGUCUGCUGGGUGAGAAUUUAAGCACAUGUUAAGUAGGGAAAUCACUUCCAAGCAAAGGUGCCAAAGACAGAAAGGUUUAAAAUAAUGGGAAGACUUUCCGCUUCAAGUUCCCCCCUCCCCUCCCCUCCCCCCUCCACCUUCGAUUAGAGAUGCAAAAUGCUAAUAAGUAGGCUUGCUUGGCUCAUGAAUGUCUUUUUUUUUUUGUCUCGCGAUCCAGGCAAUGAAACCAGCCCGGAGAGUUUCCUCUUGCACAAUGCACUAGCCAGGAAGCCCAAACGGAUCCGCACCGCCUUUUCCCCUUCCCAGUUACUGAGACUGGAGCACGCUUUUGAGAAAAAUCACUACGUCGUAGGGGCAGAGAGGAAGCAACUGGCGCACAGCCUCAGUCUCACGGAAACUCAGGUGAGGUGCAGGAGGAGCGUCUCUACCCGGCAGGCCGCUCCGGCGCGCGCUCAAAGACAAGGCCUGGGCCUCUGAACAAACCCCCACCGCCCUGGGUUGAGUUUGCAAGGGCUGCGGGGGGCGGGAGAAGCCAGGUUCACGUGUAAGAAGAUAGAGGUGUAGGCUAACGUGGGAAUUCUAAACUCUGUCCUUGUGUGUUGGCUGCCGCGAAUCUUUCUUUCCUCCCCAUCACAAAAGCAUUCUGGAUCUUUUUCCAAAGAUUUGUUUUGUUUUGUUUCAGAAAGCUCGUGGAGUAUUAUUGGUAUUGUUACUGUAUUAGAAAAAUGUAUGUUAUGUCAAUUAUUAUUACUGUAGAUCUAGAGGCUACCUGUUUAAGCCAAAGUAACAGGAUAUUUCGCCCCAGCGGCAUGAACAAGAUUUUUAUCAUCUUCUAUCAAGGUAGUUCGGUUUAAAUAGCUUCCGGAUCAUACCGUUGGGAUUAUCCAGGGUCAAAUUUGAAGGUGGAGAAAUAAAUUGCAUUUCUAAAUUGAACUCCAUUUAAUUAAAGAAAAUCAGGAGUUUUGAAAUAUUUAAUGUGUGUUUAUCGCUGAGAACUAUCCAAUCGAUUUUUGGUUUGGUUUGGUUUUAUAGUUUGUGAAACUGCGCAGUGCAAAGGGAACGUUUGCUUUGUUAUUCGAGGAGCAGACUUGGUUUGGGAAAUGGGUUCUGUUCGUUGUGUCUUUUUUCCUGAAUGUAGGAUUUAAACGAUUUCAAACUAUAGACAGAGAGACCUCAAGCGGAAAGUUGGGAGUUCUCCCCCCCCCCUUGUUUACUUCUGAAAUUGAAAGUAGGUUCCUCCAUACAGUUAACUCCGCUAUGGUCGGUCCCUCCAUAUAGUUUAAUCCAUUCCCCCAUUUACACCAAAGUAACAAUAAUUAAACCCUUUCUCAGUCCCAACCUGAAUACAUUUCGCUUCCAUUUCGACAGAAGUAGACUCUGAGCGAAAGUGUUUCGAAUACUUUCUAGUGACGUUCUAUUGACCCAGCCCGACGUUAAAUACUACGCAUUUCAAAUGUGUGAUAAAUAUAUAUCUACACACACUCACGUGUUCAAUUUGAUGAAGCGGGCUUGAAUCCAGGAGAGCUUAUGCCCCAACAACCGUGUUAGCCGCAAGGUUCUUUGCAUGUUAACUGGACUCCCAAAAAACCCCCUGCAUUUUGCAUCAGAACAACAAAACCGCUUUAAAAAUCCCGUCUUUAACUGUGCUGCGAACCGGACGGUUUAUUUCCCGGGGGCUGGCAAUAUUGGUCGUUGUCUCCCCCCCCCCUUUUCUUUUUUGAAGCCCUUCCCUGCCAACGGCGUAUGUCCCGCUGACCCUCCAGCAAAUUGUGCCAGUGAAAUAGAAUGAUAAGGUUUGGGGAGGGGGGGGGAGACCACAUCAAAAAGCUGGUGCGGAGGGCGAUCCGGCGAUGGGAAGAAUGGCGUUGUUUGACAGUCGCCCAGAUGAAACUUGCGCUCGUUUCUUGGAGAGUGUGCCAGGCAGAAAGAUCAAUUGUGUGAACCUUGCAGUGUGUGUGCGGGAGAUCAGAUCAAAUUAAUCUGUUCGACUGCCCAGCUGCCUUGCUGUAUAUAUGUGCGUACGUUUCAAACCAGAUGGUUGGUUUGGCUGCUCGGGUUUUUUGUUUAGGAUGCAUGCCGUCGUUCUUCUUUUCUGUUUGUUUGUUUGCUUGAGGGGCUCCGUCUCUGGCCCCCCCCUUUCAAAUAUCUCGAUUUUCAGAGGCUUUUGUUACUGCUCUCCUCCCUUAACAGAAGUUCGAUGGCCUUUUCCAAACGCUUUUCUCUCUUUCCAAGACGCCGGGGCUAUUUCGAAAGGAAUGUUCUCUCCGGGGCUCUGCAUUUCAAGGAAGCGAAGAGGGGGGAGCAAGGCAGAGAAGAAGGAAAAAUAGGCGCAGCUUAGUUCAAAGUUCCCAGUAAACAGUAACGUUCUUUGGUCGGAUUAAGUUGUAACACUUUCGGCCCCCCCCCCCCUUCUCUCUCUCUCUCCCCCCCCCCGUCCCCUUUUCCUGCCUUUCUUUGGGGGCGCCUUAAAGAGGGCCGGGCCUUUUGUUUUAAAGAUGUCUCCCCUAACAAAACCCCCAGUAAAUGGGUCGCCCCUUUGAUGAGGUUCGCCGAACAAGGGCCUGGUCACAGCCUGAUUUCCACUGGCAAAGGCCGUAUUUAAGGUGGUCUUUGUCCCGCUUGAUUCCGAAGCUGGUCGGGGUCUAUUGUGGCGGUGUCAGGCCUCCAGCCCCCGACAAAACGAGCGCCCCUUUGGAGACCAGGCGUGGAGAAAUGAACCGUCGUCCCCUUCAAUUAGCAAACUGAAAAGCGAAUUAAACUCGCCCUUGUAUAUCCCCCCGCUCAGCUAUUUUAAAUGGGAGGCUUUUUUUUUUUAAGAAUAUGAAAAUGCGGCCGAGAUGUGGGGAGAGGGAAGGGUGGGGGGCGUCUGGCAGCGAAGGGCUUCUGAAGGGGCAGCGAAGCGGGUUAAAGGAGCUUAUUAAAAUGGUCCCGUUUUCGGAUUUACGUCCUCCCCUCCCUUUACGGGCAGCGUCUUUAUCAGGCAUUUUCAGGCCGAAUCAGAGCAGAAAGUGCUUUAAAAAAAAAAAAAAAAAAAGCCGAACCGUGUUUACCUUUGGCAGCAACGAGGAUCGUGUGUGUGUGUGUGUGUGUGUGUGUGUGUCCCUCUCUCUUUGGAGAUAAUUUCGGGAUCAAUAAGAUCUGCAAUUAAAUGACUGACAGGGUCAGCUGGUUAUGUUUAAUUCAGAUUUAGGCGAGCCAAAGCAAAUUCGUAGGGGGCUUCCCUUCUCCCUUCUUCCCACCCCCUUCCCCGAGAUGCUUGAAGGACUUCCCCAUAUGGCUUGCAACCCGGGCCGCUGUCACCGAAGCAUCACCGGGAAAUAUGUUCUUCUUGCCCCUUUGAUGAUGAGGCAGGCAGGCUCGGGGUACAAAAGACACGUCGAUUUAGAGCAGGCAAAAUUCGAACCUCCUACUUAAUUAACGCAGCUCUUCAGCUUCCCCCUUUUAUUAUAUUUAAUUAAGGUUGAAUAGUUCCCCCCUCCUCCACCUUUAAAACCUGAAACCGGGUUCAGCUCCCUAGGAAAAUCUAUCCAUACUGUAGGUUUUAAAGACCAGGCUGAAAGAAGAGUUUUACAGCUAUGAGUUUAUAAAUACGGACGUUAGAUUUAUAUAAAACCGGUUAUGAGAUAAGUGGUGGUGAAGAUUUAAAAAAUGCAACCAUCUCGGUUUGGUUAAUUGCUUGAUUUCGAAUGGCUGCCGAUGCGAUUAAUAUUUGAGGGCGGGGAAGGGGGAAAUGCCCUUAGAACUCUCAAUGCCCUUCUCAAUCCCACCGUUUGUAAUGCAAAGUGCAGUUGACACGAGUAUCGAGAGAGAGCUGCCUGGAGAGGAAAUAUGUGAGCUUGAGAGGAGAGACCGGGACACGGCAUUCACACACGCACCAUUCGUAGGUGCACGGAAUACACGUGUGAGAGCAAAGCGAGUCGGAGUACGUGCGGUGUUUCUAAAACACAUCUGUAGCAGAUAGUAUGGGCGAAUGGGUUCCCAUCUGCACAAGAAGUGUACAUUGCAAUGCAUAUAUGUAUAGGAACAUCGUGCAGACCUGACUGCCACAGAGUGGCAGAUCACACACAUACAGAUACGGGAGGGGGGGACGGGACGCCACAAAAUAUUGUCCUUUCUGCUAGUAGGUCACAUGCACAGCGUCUUUCUGAAGCCAGACAGACGGUGUAAAUUUGAGGGCUGUAUAUAGGGACCUGCGUGUAUAUGGGAAUGGGCAAGGACUGCCCAGUGAGGCGAUCUCAAUUUCUGCUCACAAUGGAAGUCAGUCUGGCUGAAUCCACGGGGCUCCUUUCCAAGCAAACUUAUUUAGGAUCGGAAUGUAAGGCUAUACAGUAAACAAGCGAACUUAUUUGGCAGUAAAAUCACUUUUUAAGGCUAGCGGACUUGUUUCCGAGUGCGGCCUUUGGGCCUACGGUUCACUGGGGUUAUAAGGAAGAUCAGACGUGCGCUGCCUAUAAGUUGCAGAUCCCCCCAGGCAUUAGGAUGGGCUCUAAUGACUACUCUGGAGUAAGUAAGUGGAGGAGCAUAGAUUCGGUGUUCUCCUGAGUUGAGCGAAAAUACAUCCACGGCGGAGACGCCGGCAGGAUCUUCUGGGGUUCCUGAUCGCGUGUAAACCUCUGCACACGAGGGCUGCUUGCACCUGGGGAGGGAAAAGGGAGAGGCUCCUUGUCUGGGCCGUGCCCCGCCUUCGCGUCUCCAUAGUUACACUUCCGGCUCUCAGCGCGACGGGGCCACCGCGUGCAAAAAGAGAGGAUCGCCGUAGCUGUAGCCUCUGCUUCGGAAUAAAGGCUUGCAGCCAGAUCUCCACUGUAGUCACUUGUUUACACUGAAAUUCAAAAUCCAAUUCUCCCAGUGCGAUCCACAGCGGAGCUGAAGCGAGAUGCAUCGGCACGAUGAUCCUAAACGAUUUGUUGUUGUUUUCUUCCUGGGACAUGAACCCUUAUUGAUUUCAUAUGGAAUGUAAUGCCACAAAUGAGUUCAGAAUCGGGGUGAAAAGCUGCAGUCCUAAGUUGAAAUCAGUGGGGGCGCAUUUCCAAGGGCUGCGCUCAAAGUGGGGGAUUAGUCUUAAAACCCCAAUUACUGCGGCUUAACUGAGUCCUAGGCGAGGCAGGAGGUGAGCUCCCGUGAAGUCAACGAGAUUGCCUUUGAUCCGGGCAUUGUCUGUCUAAGCAACAGGAAGUCCCAUUAAUUUAUAUGGCGUUUACUUCCCAGUAAGCAUGCAAAGCAGGCGAGAAACGCCACAUCUCCUCCAGUCCCGCUAUAGCCAGAGGAUUCUCCGAAUCUGAACAAAGCUGUGUUUAGUCCACGCGAUUGCUUAAAAGCAAACUGAGCACAGCCCGGCCCCUUCCAAGCAAACAGCCAUAGGAUCUCACUGCGUGGCCACAUAGCAUUUCCAAGGAGAAGGUAUCGAAGUCAGGGAGGGGAAAUUAGGAAGCUUGGAGUGCCUGACCUAAAUACUUUUUUUUAAAAAAAAUCGAUUUCAAACCCGACCUUGUGCCUAAUUACUCAGAAGCUAUUAGUUUGUUUUAGCGCUUUGCGUUUUAUAAUGAAGAUUUUUAACUGUUGUAAGCCGCCUUGAAUUGGGGAGAAAAAAGACGGGAUGCAAAUACAUUAAAUAAUUAUCACAAUAACCCCUACUUGAGUUCACGCGCACAGGGUCGUUGUUGCCGGGUUAGUGGGUGCUGCUAGGGCGAGAAUGUCCCACUGCUGCUAUGCUGUGUUCAUUUUACCCGAGACAGACAUGUCUACCUGGUGUAAACCAUCAGGAGACCUGUUUCCGAAGCGAGGCUUAUUCUCUUUCUGCAGUGGACCCGGUAAAGGGGCAGAAACCGCCCAGUGUGUGUGUGUGUGUGUGUGUGAGUGAGAGACCCUUAGGCCCCGCACAUCCGCCGCCAGGGAGCUGACAGCCCUGCCUGUGUUGUUUCCCUUUCUGCAGGUAAAAGUUUGGUUUCAGAACCGAAGGACAAAGUUCAAGCGGCAGAAGUUGGAAGAGGAAGGCUCGGACUCCCAACAAAAGAAAAAGGGGACUCAUCAUAUUAACCGGUGGAGGAUCGCCACCAAACAAGCCAGCCCGGAGGAGAUCGACGUCACGUCGGACGAUUAAAUCAUCUCCCACUUUAAAAAACACACACAAUAAUAGUAAUAAUAAAAAGACGACGACGACGAAGCGGCGGCGGCGGCAAAACUCCCGGCUGGCACUUAACAGACUUUCCCACGAACAACUCAAGUGUUAAAGGCUCGCGACAACCGCAGGAAAGUGAGUGGCGCGGCCAGGGCGAGGGACAGCAAACAGGCUGGAUCCCACCAGGCGAUUCUCGUUUUUCUGUUUUUCUGUUUUUGUUUGUUUUUGUUUCUGUUUUAGAGAAGGGGCAGUUUGAGAGGGGGCGAGAGCCGGCCGGCCAGUUUAAGCCAGCCCAGAAGUCAGUCCAUCAAGGGUGGGGGCCUUGGCUGGUCCUGCAUUGGUACAAUUUUGUUUUAAGCGCAAAAAAGAGAAGGGAGGGGAAUCUGUCAAUCAAAGCCAAACCACCAAGACGAGGUGAUUGACCAAUAUUCCGUUUCUCGCCAUUCGAACUCAGAUCGCUCCAAAUUUUUAAAGGGAUCGCAUACACACGCAACCGUACCGGGACACUUUGCAGUUGACGAGGGAUUUUGUUCUUAUUAAUGAUGAUUCUGAGUGUCUCCCAGGCUUUUAGGAGAGAGGAUCCCAUACCCAGCCAAAAUCGACACACCUGUUUCAGAGAAACUUGAACUGCAUGCUUUCUUUUUAAAAAUUUUAAAAACCUCGAGGGAGGGGGAAGAAGAAGGAGGGGGGUAGGGCCUUUUUUUUUUUAAUGGUCCCUAAAGUCAGACAUGAACUGCGCUUUCCCCCCCCCCUCCUCAGAGACAGGUUCUGUGUGCUUUUUAAAUUUAUUUUACGAGAAACUGUGCAGUCUGUAAACCUUUUUAUGAUAACUUCUGGCGUCAACGUGGUUGUGAAAACUCAAUGAAGUAGCGGUAACAAAUUCUAAUUUUUUAUUUUAUUUUUUUAAUUUUGUUUUUGCUUCCCCUCCCCCCAAUGGAUAUAACCUUUGAAGAAGAAAAAAGGGGAUGGGUUGUUGAGGGUGGAGGGGUGGGGAAGGGAACUUUUGCUGCAAAACAGACAAUAAUAAAAAGAGAGAUUUAAAGAAACUAGUCCCCACAUUCUAAAACUUCGAUUCCUCCUUUUAAUCCCCCUUCUCCUUGGAUGGGGGUUUGUACUCAAACUCCCGCAGGACUUCAGAAGGAGCAAGGGAUCUUGCAGAUCCCUCUGUAGAAAUCAUUUCGACCCAGGCCCGUUUUCAUUGGGGACAAAUUUCAAGCACUGAUGUUGAUGAUCCAAGAUUAUAGAGCUACUAAAAAUGACAAAUGUUUCCUUAAUGUCUUCUUUACCAGAAUGUAAAUAUUUUUGUGUUUUUUGUGUUUAAUUUGUUAGAAUUCUAACACACUAUAUACUUCCAAGAAGUAUCUCAAUGUCAAUAUUUUGUCAAUAAAGAUUUAUCAAUAUGGCC